CAGCACCAGCGCCACACCGGGGCUGAGGAGUGGGUGAAGAGGAGCGAUCACCACCACCACCACCACCACCAGGAAAAAAUAUCAGGAGCCAUAAAAUGCACGGACUACAAGGGUCCAAUUUGACUCGUCAGUAAGACGCUUUCGCGUUUCGAGGGUUUGGUCCUGGCGAGGUCUUUUGGAGAACUCGAGUUUAAGACGAUGGAGGUCCUCUGUCAGGCCGAGCUUUCUGGUUUUUAGCCAGUCGGCUGCAAAUCCAGGGAUGGCUAGCUGAGCUAACCUAGCCAGCUAACAAUUAGCCUGUCCAUUUAGCUACCCUGCUCACUGGAGACUCGGUCUGUGAGAGGAUACCUGCUCUGAGCGUAAUUGUGAAGGUGUAGUUUAAUUCGGGUUGUUUCGAGGCUUACUGUACGUCGAGUGUGGCAGACGGGUGGGAAAGCCUUUCUGCUCGUACAGUGGAUGGACAGUUUGACGGGCGCUCGUUGUCAUUGCGCGGGCGUACGGUGUUGGUUUCGGGGCGGCUAGGCUUGAGCUCGGCCGGGCAACCAGCGGAGGGGGAUUGUACAGAUGUGGCAGUGGCAGCCAGUUGUGUCCCGCUGUCUCUGGGACCGAAGUUGGUAGUUUGAAAUUAUAAAAGCGUUUUUUAAAUGAUCCUUACGGGCUAACCAGCUACGCGGGGAAGGGAUUAAAAAAGUGUUGGCACGCUGAAAAAUUCAUCAACUUGACACAUUAGCUUGGUGGUUAACAUUAGCAGCGUUUAGCUCAGAAACUAACAUCAUCUCUUUUGGAAAGUGCAUGAAAUAAAAUGGUUAUGUGCACGUUUGCUAGUCAUCCUAAGAAGUUUGCAGAUAUGUUGCGUUGCACAUUUUCUGUGAUCGGCUGUCAGUCCCUGUAGCCUGAGGAUUUACACAAGACUUUGACUAAGCUGUCAAAUAUUUGACACUUGACAGCAGUUAUACCAUCAACAAGGAAGGCCACAUUCUGCAGCAAGCUCGGUUAUCAGUGUUUGGAAAAUAAUUUGCAGAAAACGGACUGUUGCUCAGAGUGGUUUUGUUUUUAUUUAUUUGCUACUUUGUGUGUGAGGUGUAGCCCGGCAACCCCUUGUCAGACGGGCUUUUCAGCUCAUGCGGUGAUGACUUUAGACUCCAUGAUGGCUUGUUGCCUGAGUGAGGAGGCGAAGGAGUCCAAACGAAUCAACGCUGAGAUCGAGAAACAACUCCGGCGAGACAAGAGAGAUGCAAGAAGGGAGCUGAAGCUUCUUCUGCUGGGUACUGGAGAGAGUGGCAAGAGCACUUUCAUCAAGCAGAUGAGAAUAAUCCAUGGCUCGGGCUACACAGACGAAGACAAGAAGGGCUUCACCAAACUGGUGUACCAGAACAUCUUCACCUCCAUGCAGGCCAUGAUCCGUGCAACUGAGACCCUUAAGAUCCCAUACAAGUACGAACAGAACAAGAAUAAUGCACAGCUGGUGCGCGAGGUGGACGUGGAGAAGGUGUCAUCAUUCGAUCAGCCAUACAUCGGCGCGAUAAAGAUGCUGUGGGCCGACCCUGGCAUCCAGGAGGCCUAUGAUCGCAGGAGAGAGUACCAGCUCUCUGACUCAACCAAAUAUUACCUUAGUGAUUUAGAACGAAUAGCAGCAUCGGGGUACGUGCCCACUCAGCAGGACGUGCUGCGGGUUCGAGUGCCUACCACCGGCAUCAUUGAGUACCCAUUUGACCUGGAGAAUAUUAUCUUCAGCUAUCUAAGUGAUCUGGAUCGUAUUGCUGAACCAUCCUAUCUACCAACCCAACAAGAUGUGCUUAGGGUUCGCAUCCCAACCACUGGGAUCAUAGAAUACCCUUUCGACUUGCAAAGCAUCAUUUUCAGGAUGGUGGAUGUGGGGGGUCAGAGGUCAGAGAGGAGGAAGUGGAUCCACUGCUUUGAGAACGUCACCUCCAUCAUGUUCCUGGUGGCGCUCAGUGAGUACGACCAGGUCUUGGUGGAAUCAGACAACGAGAAUCGUAUGGAGGAGAGUAAAGCUCUGUUCAGGACCAUCAUCACAUAUCCCUGGUUCCAAAACUCCUCCGUCAUCCUCUUUCUCAACAAGAAGGACCUGCUGGAGGAGAAGAUCAUGUAUUCUCACCUGGUUGACUACUUCCCAGAGUUUGAUGGUCCCCAACGGGACGCUCAGGCGGGUCGAGAGUUCAUCUUGAAGAUGUUCGUGGACUUGAACCCAGACAGUGACAAGAUCAUCUACUCCCAUUUCACAUGCGCCACCGACACGGAGAACAUCCGCUUCGUCUUUGCAGCUGUCAAAGACACCAUCCUGCAGCUCAACCUCAAAGAAUACAACCUGGUGUGAAGGAGAAACGGAAAGAGGGAGAGGGUUUGAGAGAGAGGGUGUGAGAGAGAGCAAGCCCCACACACACACACAGAUGCACAUACACAUACAAUGCAGAGUCCACUUCUAGAAACACACGCAUCUGCAUGAAAAUACACUGCUGCUCAAAGAGAUAAGCAUUGCUUCUUAUUUUACCAGACCAACACUACCCACGCUCUGUCCUCUCAGUCCACUUAGCUCCUCAGUUUGUUGGUUAGCCCAUUUUUUGUUUGUUUUUUUUAAAGAAUCUGUUUUGUGGGUCAAUGAAUUGCUCCUCUUGCACAAACGCACAUGAACACACACUCAAAUAUAACACUCCCUCCAUUUGUUCCCCCCUCUUUGAGGUUUCGGUCUGCUCCGGGGCUCCUCUUGGUCCUCUUUAGGCCCUUGGCGUGGCUCACAUUUUUUCUUUCUUUACACUACAUUAUCACCAGUGCUUGUGUGUAUGAGGUGGGUAGAGGGCCUUCUCUGGCUAGAGUAAGCUUUUUAUGGACAAAGGGCUCUCUCCCCUUCUUAUUUAACCCAUGCAUGCUAUACACUACAGAAUGAGGGCGUGAGGACAGGCGGCGGACCCUGGACUCUGCCCCAUCUGCAAAGGGUAACUAAUUAUGAUGAUAGGAAUAUAUUUUCAGGCAGUGCUGGGGUGCAGUGAAGUACUUGGUUCCCCCGCGGGUCUCGACUUGUGUAUUUGAAUUUUUAUUUGUUAACCCUGCCCCCAAACCAGAGCACAGGAGCUCUGAUGAAUGUAAAUAAAGUUUUCAUGCUGCUCACACAGAGUGAGGGCUACACAGAGACGACUACACAUUCUUUGUAGACUUUAAAUAUUUUCAGCUAUAUUAAUUUCUUGGUUAUAUUAUUGCUACUAUUCGUCUCAACUUAUAAUUGAAUUGAAUUGAUUACACAGAGGAAUGCAACCCUGCAGAAAGAAUCACAGUAUAUUCUUUAUACACUGCCCCUCAUUUUAACAUAGAUCAUGAAACAAAAAAUUAGGAGACAACACUUCAAGUAUUUCCAUACUGUAUAUCAACACCCCUGUUAUUUUGUGUUGUAUUGCCAAAAUUCAAACCACAUAACAGUUGUUCUGUAAAUAUGAUUACGUUGCCAGUAUCCUGUUCAUCCUUCAAGUGGUUCAGAUACCAACAAACAUAUUUGGGAACUGGUAUUGCCAAAAUUAAGUGCAAAUUUUCUCUCAUGUUGGAUCAUUCAGAUGUUGAUGGCAUAACGACUCACUUUGUGUGGCAUUUCUUUCAUGUCGACAGUUGUCUGAAUCACACAUGUAUUAGUACUGUGAUUUAUUUUCUUUGUUUCCUUUUGAUGGUGAGAAUAAUCUUCCUGUGCACAAUGUGUGAAUGAUGAUACCAGAUUAGUAACAGUGCAAUAGUCAGUUGUAGAUGAAAUAAAGCUUUUUGCGCUGCCAGCUAGCUUCAGUCACAAGUUGGUCUCGAUCAUCCAAAUGGCUUCUCUCAGUAAUCAACCUUAUUUUGCCAUUGUAUUCGGCCAACGUUUCAUAAACUAUAGUGAGAGAGUAAAUAGUAAACAAUAGCGAGAGAGUAAAUAGUUCUUUUUUUGUAUGUCUAAUUUAUCAAUCAGAUCUACGUAUUGUUGACACAGUAAAUGAGACUUCCUCCCUAGUUUCAGCGCAAAGUUUUUCCAACCUUAGGAGAUGGGAGGAGAUUUUAUACUGCUGUAAAAUAUCAAAAACUAUUUUAUGGACAAGUGUUCUAUCUUUCUAAUGAUACUUCAUAUAUUUAGUUGUUGCAGUUCUGUUUUGAGAUGCUUGACAAUGGAAAAAAAAACACUGUUUCCAUGUCAGGUUUGUGCUUUAUGCAAAUAGGAAAAUGAAAACAGACAAAAAACUUAGUGGUUGAAUAUUUACUGUUCAAGGAUGCUUGCAUUUUUUUGUAAUUUUUAAGGAUAUGUGUUGGCUAUUGGUACCAAUCCCAUAUCGUGUCUCUUGCCUGAUAGUUGUUUAAAUAUUCCAUUAAGCUGAAAAGUUGAUAGAUGGCUAUUUUUGUCUUCACAAUGUAAUUCAGGUAAGUUUUCAUAACUUUUUCAUCACAAGGGCUACUACUAGCAGCUUUGGUAGAAAUGAAAGGACUCUAUGGACGACAUAGAGCACAAAGUUGAAAUUAAUUAAUGAGGGCGGGGACUGGGGGUGCGGGGUGGGGUGGGUGUGUUGACAUCCCGUGGAAGGGUGAUGGCCGCAGGUUCAGUGAGGGAGGAAUGCAGCAGUCCACAGAUGCCUACGCGACAUUCCCGAGGGGGAAGUCUGGCGGCUGUUUGGCUCUUUGUUCUUUUUUUUUUUCCUUUUUCUUUUUUUUUCAGAGGAGGAGAAAGGCUAACGUCAAAAGAAGUGGGGUUUCCCAAGGUGCAAAAAGCACCUGUUUUUUUUUUUAGCUGUCGCACCUAAACAUCCUUUUUCUCUUCUUAAUAAUUGUGUGCUGAUUAUCUUGGCUUUACGACAAUUCCUACUAUGUAGUCAUGCAUAUUUGGCUUAUCUUCUCAUUGGUAGUGUUUCCAUGGUGGACUUUGGCAUUGCCUGUGUUGGAGUCAGGAAAUAAAGGGAGUGCUGGGACAUUUUGACCUUUUUGUGCACAUUAAAAAAAGGAGUCAGGUUAAUGAAAUGAUUACCUAUCUUAAAUUGUUUGCCUAAGGGUUUUACACGUCAGAUUUUCUUGUGAGUUUUCUCUAGAAAAGCAGUGUGUUCUACCUUCUCAGCCUUGAUUUUAGUUGGAUGCACCCUGUGAGAGUAAUCUUCACAACUCUCAUGCAAAUGUGUACACUGUUGAUAGUACAUUUAGACCUUGCACAUUCUGAAACGCUUUAUGAAGGAAGGACGUGUAUAUUUUUGCCAAGUGCCACCAUUUUUUUUUAAUGUGUUGAAACAGCAUUUGAGAUGUUGAAAGGCUCUGAGUCUGUCAGAGCAAGUUAAGUCUAGCUUUGAUCUUGUUUAUUCAGCUUGUACUGGUAAAUGGUUUAUCUUUGGUGCUUCAGUCAACAUUUAAAGGCCUUUUCUUGAGCAGUUUGUCCCAUGUUUAGGGUGAUGCUUCACACACUCGCUCUUUGAACAGAGGUUAAUUUUGUGGGUGCCACAUAUUCAGCACACGUUUUAGUUUGAAAGAGCUUAUGUAUCUUGAUAUGAGAAUGAAUAAACCAACUGACAGAUUUUGGCUGAGUUUAGUGUUCUGCUUCACAACAUGGUGACGUUUAUUUGUGUUUUUAAAAUUCUCAGCCUGAGCUGUGGCUUACCACUUUUAAAGGCAGGUGUGUGGUCCCUUCCACUUCGUACUCAUGUAGAUGAUUUGUUGUCUAGCGAAUUGAUUUUAAUAGACUGCUGUGAGGAACAAACAUGAAGGUGACCACUCAAGGGACCAGUGUCGGCACGAUGAUGCAGUCUUUUAAAAAACAUUUGUUGCAUCAGUUUUCACUUUAUGCCUUGUCUGGUUAUGACGGCACCAGAACCAACACAGGAAAAUGUCAGAUGUCUCCACUACCAGUGAUUAGAGUCGGAGCAGAGCUGCGUCAGUUAUUUAAAAUCCUUUCCAUUGGUUUGUACCAUAUUUGCUUUAUCUGCAUAGAAUGCAAGUUUGUGCAACAGUUCAGUACAAAACAUUGUACCAAGCAAAAUAAAUCAGCAACAGAGAGGAUAUCAGAAAUGUUAAAUUUUAUAUUGACUGGACCCAAACCUGUGGUAAAAUCAUUACAGCUUUUGUUAAUCCACUGCUACAUUAUGGUUUUGUUUUUUCCAGAUGAAGCUUGUGUGUUAAGCCUCAGUAUUAAUGUAUUUAUUGAAACACUUGCCAAGUGAAGGUACUGAAAUGGCCAUUAUAAUAUUUUUGGUGGUUAUAAUAACGAGUGAGUGAUUAUGCUGUGUGUUUACAUGUCCGCCAUUCUCCGCUCUCUGUUUUAUUCUUUCUUCCCUUACUUGAUUGGACUGUGUAUUCUUUCCCUGGGUCGAAGGCACUGAAACUGCACCACUUCAAUGGGCCUGCAUUCAUGCAACUUAGAUGUCCAUUCAAGCGUGCUCGUUGGUACUCUAAGGUGUGUGUGUGUAUGUGUGCGUGUACACUUUUGAUGGCUAUUGCUUAUGCUUGAGAUCCAUUCUGGUUAGAGGGAUGGACGUACAGUGAUAUUAAAAGCUAUCUUUGCAUCUUUUUAUUUUAUUUUUUUCUUUUGUAAGGUUGACACACCUUAACAUGUGUACUUAGGACCACUUAAGAUGACAGACUUUUUUAAAAGAGUUCAAAUAAACUUUGUGUAGUGGUGUACAAAUUGAAAGUAAUGUAUUUUUGUUUGAUUUUUUUCUUCUUUUUUUAAGUAUACCAAAUGUAAAUUAUGUACAAUGAGUGUGCCAAUCCCCUUUCUUUGUAAAGCCAGACUCUUAACAAGUGCCAAUGUUGUGAAAAAUCAGAGGGCCUGUGAAUUUCAUGGUCCAGUUUUUAAAACAAAUAAACACUAAGUAUGUGAUUAAUUAACAAAAAAAGGACAAUUUUAUUCUAUAUUUAAGAUUAAUGAUGAACUGCUGUUUUUAAGAUAAAUGUCAUUUUAAUUGCAUGUGUUUGUCAGGUUGGGGAGGGAGUGGGUGGGUUAGAUACUGUAUUCAUGCAACGCCCUCAUGAAAAGGGUCCUAAUGGUUAUUGAUUUACAGUAUUUUAGCCAUAUUUCUCUUUUGUAUGUUUCAUUUCAACCACUGUUGCCUGAACCUCAUUCAAACAUGAAAAUGAUUUUCAUAGCCUUCUCCUUUAAAUGUUUUAAAUUGGAAUAAAAUAUGUUCCUAUACUCUC